AAGAUAUCGGGUUCAAACUGUGUUCUUGACUGGCGCGGGAACCAUGGAGAGAGAUUUCGUUUGAAAAUGGCGGCGCCCAUAGAGGUGAAAGGGUGUCAAAUUUUUUUAAAGUGAUAUAGGCCUAACUACUGCUUGACGUUAGUAUAAGGAGGACUGAUUUUCCGAAGAGUUUGAAAUCCAGUUGACAGCAUGUCGAGCCUAUGUCCUGGAACACUCUUUUCUUUCCCAGGAUUCAAUAAGAAGUCUACCCCUGUCCCACCACAGACAACAUCUGAAGAACUAUCUAAGCGGUACCGCCGACAACCUUUCAAUGGACGACCAUGGCCCCAUGGAAGCCCCGUGUCUGGAGUGUACGACGUUGGAUUCUCCUCAACCAAAAUGAUACUGUACAACAACAGGAAGAAAAGACAAAGCAAAUUAAGAGGAAAGAAUGACCCCAAAAAUGAGGAGACUUUGUGUCCAGAUCCAAACAGACACUAUCGAGCUUCUUCACCUGUCUCAAGAGAUCUUCAUUCCAAUUGCUACAAUUCCCAAUCUCCCUGCUUCUACCAGCCCAUGAUCAUUCCAUGGAUUAACUACUCUGAACGACCACCACCCACUUAUGAAGAUGGCCGUUUCGUCAAUCCUAAGCGCCACACAAGUUGCUGUGUUCCAACAGACCCGCUGGCCUUCAGAGUAGGAGUAAAUAAUGAGAGACGACCACACAGCCGGGCAUCACUUCCUCCCAACUUCCGCUCCAGUCCAAUGUUGAAUCACCCAGACCUAAGACAAGGAGAAAAGGAAUAUAUAGGAAGCAUUGCCAGAAUUUAUAGUGCACAACAGAUGAUCAAAUUGAAACAGAAACAAUACAAUCAGCUUUUGACUCUUGAAAUGGAAAAAGGUUACCAUACACCAGAAGAAUAUACCCAAUAUAAAAAGUUUAUAGAAUUGGGCAGACAACGCCAGUAUCUCAGGCCAUCUCGUGCCAUGUCAGCUCCACCAGAUAGAUGGACCAGAGCAAUUGAAGAGAGUCAAAGUGAAGAAGAGGAGGAAGAAUCUGUCAAGAAAUCUGCACCCUCAAAAAGUCCGAGAAGUAAGUCUCCAUCCGGCAGCAAAGGCAGACGGCCUGUCAGUGUCAAGUCCAGCAGGGCCAGACCAUCUACAAGGGAAGCCUCAAGGUUCAAAUCCCCAGCCAAGUCUGAAACCUCGAGCAAGUCAGCCACAAAACCAAAGGCUGAAACAAAACGUUCUCGAUCAGAUUCCAGGUCUCCACCGAGACCAACUAAAGAGAAGGAAGAAAAAGGCGAUAGUUCUGAUACCUCGGGGAGUGUUCAGUCCUCACCUGAUAGAAAAAUCCACAGGGAAGGGUAUGAUAGACCCCUCUCCAGACUAGGCCACAUUCCUGAAGAUUCUAAAAGCCAACAAUCUAUGGAUCAAGAAUCUUACAGCAAACCAGAAACCAAGUCAAAGAGAGAGGAGACUGCACUGGAGGAAAGUGACAGUACGAGCAAAUCUGACACAGUCACAAAAGAAUCGAGUAAAUCUGACAACAAAUCGCCUACAGACGACAGUUAUAGAACACCAGCAGAAGACACAAUGUUGUCAACAGAUGCAGACAAAACUGAUACUGACUUACGAACAGACACUGAAACAGCCACUGAUACAGAACCUCAAACAGAGAGUGAAAGAAAAACAAACACAGCAGAACCUAAACCAAGUGAGUCAGACUCAUAUACAGAUGAUUUUGAGAAAGAUACAUCUGAAAAGACAGACAUGGUGGAACAAAACAAGCAAGGUAAAGCUAAAGCUAGCGAUUCAGACUCGUAUACUGAUGACUUUGAGAGAGACACAUCUGAGAAUACCGAGGGUAUGAAGAAACCUCCUCAUUCCGCUGACAAAGUGGUGUCUUUCAAGAAGGACUCGCAGUCUGUUAGCUCAGAUGAAGAUCAGUCACCAAACAGGAGAGACUCACUAAGUGAAGAUGAUGAACCUAGUUCUAAAAGAGACCCAGAUAAACUAGAAUAUUAGUUCACAAAAUAUUUUCUGGCUAAUGCACAGUUUGCUUUUAAAAACGAGAAGAAUUCUGAAAUAAGGUUCUGAAUUUUAAUCAUGCUGACACUAAAAAGUAUUAUCAACAGGCAAUGCCUAUUGCAUAUUAUAGUCAACUGUUGCACAAAGUAGUUUUUCUAAUUAUUUUUUUUUUACUUUUUCAUAUUUUUGACAUGUAUUUAUGGCUAAGAUUUGUGCUUAAUUCACAACACACACCUCAGUAUUAAUUUUGAUAUAUUCCUCACAGUUUCACAAAGAUGGGAUUAAGAGAAAAGAUAAUUUGUGUGAGUUUUUUUUUUUUAUCUGUUUUGUAUUCAACGUAGAUUUGUUCAGCUUGUGAUGUAGACAGAGUCUAUACUAUAUGUUUAUAAGUGAUAUUCAUCAUGUAGUUUCAAAUUUAGUGACUAUCAGCAAAGUAAAAUAUUGAGAAGCACAGGUAUAUGUAUAUUGCUGUAUGAUUUCAUGACACAUAGAGUAUAUUUAUGAUAUGUGUGCCAAAGACUUGUAUGUUGUGAUAGAGUUUAUGCUUUAAAAAGAGUUUACAGGAAAAUGGAAUUUUGUUAGUAAAUUAAUCCAUUAUCAUGUAAUUAGUGCAUAUUUUGACCCCCCCCAAAAAAUGUAUCUUAUACUCUUAUAAUCACUUUUGAUGUUUUUCAGCAUCCAAUUGUGUUCUGAUUGGAUUCUUGAGAAUAUUGCAGAGAAAACAAAUUAACAAAUCAUCUUGUCAAUUUAUGCAUUCUAGCUGUUAUUCGCUUUUGUUUAACAUUUUCAUAUCUAUUAAAUGAAUGUUAUCAA